CCCUCGCUGCCCGGACCAUGGCCACAGACUCGUGGGCCCUGGCGGUGGAUGAGCAGGAAGCCGCGGCCGAGUCGUUGAGCAACUUACAUCUUAAAGAAGAGAAAGUCAAACCAGAUGCCAAUGGUGCUGUUGUCAAGACAAAUGCUAAUGCAGAGAAGACAGAUGAAGAAGAGAAAGAGGACAGAGCCGCCCAGUCCUUACUCAACAAGCUGAUCAGGAGCAACCUCGUGGACAACACAAACCAAGUGGAAGUCCUGCAGCGGGACCCCAGCUCCCCCCUCUACUCGGUGAAGUCUUUCGAAGAGCUCCGACUGAAACCACAGCUUCUGCAGGGAGUCUAUGCCAUGGGCUUCAACCGUCCCUCCAAGAUACAGGAGAACGCACUGCCUUUGAUGCUGGCUGAACCCCCGCAGAACCUGAUCGCACAGUCUCAGUCGGGUACUGGCAAAACUGCUGCCUUUGUGUUGGCCAUGCUCAGCCACGUGGAACCCACAAACAGGUACCCUCAGUGUCUAUGCCUCUCCCCCACCUACGAGCUCGCCCUUCAAACAGGAAAAGUGAUUGAGCAGAUGGGCAAGUUUUACCCUGAACUGAAGCUGGCUUACGCGGUUCGAGGCAAUAAAUUGGAACGAGGUCAGAAGAUCAGUGAGCAGAUUGUCAUUGGCACCCCGGGGACGGUCCUGGACUGGUGCGCCAAGCUCAGGUUCAUCGACCCCAAGAAGAUCAAGGUGUUUGUCCUGGAUGAGGCUGACGUGAUGAUAGCAACCCAGGGUUACCAAGACCAGAGCAUCCGCAUCCAGAGGAUGCUGCCCAGAAACUGCCAGAUGCUGCUUUUCUCUGCCACCUUUGAAGACUCCGUGUGGAAUUUUGCCCAGAAAGUGGUCCCGGAGCCGAACAUCAUCAAACUGAAGCGUGAGGAGGAGACGCUGGACACCAUCAAGCAGUAUUACGUCCUGUGCAACAACAGAGAGGAGAAGUUCCAGGCCCUGUGUAACCUGUACGGGGCCAUCACCAUCGCCCAGGCCAUCAUCUUCUGCCACACCCGCAAGACCGCUAGUUGGUUGGCAGCCGAGCUCUCAAGAGAAGGCCACCAGGUGGCUCUGCUGAGCGGCGAGAUGGUGGUGGAGCAGAGAGCAGCGGUGAUCGAGCGCUUCCGGGAGGGCAAGGAGAAGGUUCUGGUCACCACCAACGUGUGUGCCCGUGGUAUCGAUGUGGAACAGGUAUCUGUCGUCAUCAACUUUGACCUGCCCGUGGACAAGGACGGGAACCCAGACAACGAGACCUACCUGCACCGGAUCGGGCGCACCGGCCGCUUUGGCAAGAGGGGCCUGGCCGUGAACAUGGUGGACAGCAAGCACAGCAUGAACAUCCUCAACAGGAUCCAGGAGCACUUUAAUAAGAAGAUAGAAAGACUGGACACAGACGACUUGGAUGAGAUUGAGAAAAUCGCCAACUGAGAGGCUGGGCGGGAGCGGUGCUCAUCCUUGGCACUCCUGGCUCGGGGGACGGUGCUUCCAGGGCCCGAGCUCAUGGCCACCGCAAGGCGGUGUGGAAGAAAACUACCUACCUCACUUCAAAUUAAGUUUGGACUUGACCAAAAAAAAUUGUGCAUAUGAUGGGGGAAGGUAGAACAAAAUUGUUUACACAACUUUUCAAGAUUAGGCGUGAAUACACAGAAAUUUACUUUUUGGAAA